AUGAAUCUCAAUCCUGCAGAAAACUCGAGACAAGACUACCAACCUCCAGAGAAACAUGAAACUAUGACGACUCCUGACACAGCAUCGAGAAGCACAAUUGUUCUGGAAAGGGGUCACUCAGUGCCUGACCACUUGAUGGACCUUCUGAAUGACUGGCACCGUGAAAACCCGACACUACAGCCUCCAGGCGCUUAUCGAAAUAAGAGGCCUCCCGGACCAGCGGCAGUCUUUUCACGGACUGGGGAACGGUUACACCUAUCUGUCAUCGUCGUACUCGCACCCGUGCGGUACGAAAUGCUUGUUCUGCAGAGUGAACAGGACCCCGCAAAAUUCGUCGGUUGCAUUCAAGACGGGCCUGUGAGGACAUUCUUCAAAGAAUGGCUCGGGAAGAACAAAUUUGAGGACCGAGCAUGUGCGGUUCGACUCUUUAUCCAGAAGAACGGUCAGCAUGAGCUCCCUACCGAAGUCAUGUGGAAAGUCGCCGAUUCCAGGCAGCCUGCCAGAAAACCACCUAAUAAUGGAUCAGCCGUUAUCUCUACCCGCCGCCGUAGAGACCGUAGAGAUAGGUUCUCCGACUCUGAUGAUGAUACCGACACGACCUUUACAACACAAUCCAGUUCUGAAGACUCGGAUAACGAACUGUCAUCACACCCAACUAAGAGACGACGUGCUACAGAAACCAGGAAUCAGCCAUCAGUACAGAAUGACAAUCCAAUGGCAACGGUCAUCUUUAAACUCGUCACUCCUAAAUCUUCCGCCACGCGUUGCUUCACGGUUCAAGCCAGCGACACUGGCGAAUACUUGCUCAAGAAAAGCAGGGAAUUUUUUCGUCUAUUUGACAGGGAUAUAAGUAUGCCAAUCCUUGUCUGCAAAACCAUUGGAGAUAAGGAGCACAAGUAUAUCUUCGAUGCCAAUGAUAUGGACCUUCUUUUGAAAGAGCUGCGAAAGCGUGUUAGAGAGGAGAGUUGA